CAGGAGGGUGGAGGCGCAGUGUCGCGAGGUGCGUCUGGAAGGCCUGAGAGGCAGCUCCCACCGUCGCUGUCCAGGGAUGCGGUUGCGCUGUGUGUCGUCUGCCAGACUGGGACCGCGCCGUGCUCGGCUGGGCUGCUGACCUUCACGUCGGCGUCCGCCCGCGCCGCCGACUCUGUCGUGCGUAUCACGCCAGGCGACGCGAUGCCGCGCAAGCUGCUCAAGUUCCUGAUUUUGUUCGACAACGCGAACCUGCUGUACUUCCCGGGCCAGUUCGUCAGCGGCCGGGUUCUCGUCGAGCUGGAGGAUGAGACGCCAGUGCAAGGAGUUUUCUUCCACGUGGUGGGCGAAGGUACUGUCAAAGUUAGUGACAACCAGAACCAGAGGCACACCGACAAGGAAAACUACAUCGACUUCAAAAUGAGGCUUCUCGGCGAGCACGGACACGCGCCUGUCCUGCUGUCGGCCGGCAUUCACAGCUUCCCAUUCAAGCUGGGCCUGCCGCUGGGCCUGCCGUCGACUUUCCUGGGGAAGCAUGGCUGGGUCCAGUUCUUUUGCAAGGCCGCUAUUAAGGAGGACGGCGGGCUCGUGCACAAAAACCAGCAGGUCUUCAUCGUUAUGAACCCGAUCGAUCUGAAUGUGGAGCCUCCAGUGCUGGCGCAACCUUUCCACUGCGAGAUCGAGCACAAGCUGGGCCUGACGUGCGUGACGGCGGGAGCCGUGGUGUGCCGGGUGCGGCUGGACCGCGGCGGCUACGUCCCUGGAGAGACCAUCGGCGUAUGGGCCAGCGUCACCAACCACAGCAAGGUCACUAUCAAGAAGACGGCCGCCUGUCUCAGCGAGACCAUACACUACUUGUCACGGAGCAAGAUCGUCAACACCGAGAGGAGAGAGCUGUCAAGGGUAACGCGCGGCAAGAUUCGCGCCGGCGAAACGGACGACUGGAACAACGAGCAGUUGUUCGUGCCGCCCCUGCCUCCCACUAAUCUCCGCGGGUGCCAUCUCAUUAAGAUCCAGUAUGACGUCUUCUUCAUCAUCAAGCCGGACAACCUGGAGAAGGAGAUCAAGCUGCAGCUGCCGAUCAUGAUCGCCUCCUACCCUUAUCGCAACGCGGACGGCACCCUGAGGAGGAAGCGGGGCGCUGAGUACCCGGCUAGUCUGCCCGUCUUCCGGCCCUGGCUCGACGUCAAGCAGAAGGUGCUCGUCUAGCGCCGCGCCCUACCUGGCGCCCGCUCUCGUUGGUCGUGAUGCUGGACGGUGUGCCACGUGACCGCCGCCUGAGAGCCGCCAGGAGCCUGGGAAGCUACCCCGCUCAUGUGGUGCUGGCCGGUGGCAGCGCCGCGCUUCGGCGCCCGUGGCGAUGCGCCACCGGCGUCACGUGACAGGCCCGAUGUGAGAGGCGGCGGCAGCGGCCGGGACGGGAGCCAGGGCCCGCCGGGAUUGAUCACCGACGCGGCCGCACCGCCGUGCCAGUAAUUGUCGGCGAACCCGAUCGUAACAUCGGCUCAUUAUUUUAAAUCCUGCGUGAUGAAUCGCGUGCUUAACGGAGAGAUUCCAGUGGCGGGCCGGAUCUCUUCACACCAGCUGAUGGCGGCUGAGCGGCCACCAGCUGAGUGCUGGUGCACAGGGGCGACCGGCCCCCGUGGAUGGCGAGUGCUGGUACACAGGGGGUGACCCCCGUCCCCCGUGGAUGGCGAAGCUGCGUGGCGACGGCCGGUCCCACCGAUGGCCGACUGUGCGGACGCCACCCAGUGAUAUGCGUCUUUGUUGCGAUGUGACGGAUGUGACGGUCAGGUGUCGCUGGCCACCCCCUGGCCGUGACACGCGCGCCGUGCCCUCGCCACCGCGGUUUGCGGACACCGCCAAUUGGUCUUGGUCGGGUCGGGCCUCUAGGUGAGAUGGACAUAGCUUUCGAAUAAUUACUUGCGUUGUUACGAAGCGUACGGCCCAGCAGUUCUGUAACGGCCCGCGCAUAAUCACGACGUUUGCGUCCCACUUGACUUCGGAGGCUGAUGGCAGUUUCUGUAAUGAUGCUGCCACAAAUCAAGGCAAUCUUAGUUUAUGUGCCCAAAGUUGACAGAUCGUUAGCCAGCAUUCCUGUAAAGUGAUGAUAAGAACUUGUUUAUAUAUGUACGCGUCGCGGCGUUGCUAUGCGAUGACGGGCAUAGAACUCGUCUAACGACUCACGAGACUUUCCGCGUAAAUCUGCGUCGUUCCGCGUUCCAAACUCGUGUUAUCAGUUCGUAUAUCAUUAACCACAGUAUCGGCAAUAACACAUAACACAAAUAUGAAA